UUGCGCCUUCCAGUCAACCAUCAUCCGCGUACGCAAAUGUUGCAUGUAAUAUGUGAUAUCCAUCAACAAAGUAUACCAGAGGAAGUGGGCAGCACUCAGAAGCACGUGUCUGAAAUAACAGGGACUAUUUGAGAAUUUCCGACACCCCUCCGGGGAGAAAAUUCAACUCUAGUUGGCAUUUCGUUUCAGCAGUCAAAGUAACUAGUCGAUCGUUCGUACUACUGGAGUAACAUCAAAAGUUGGCCUCGUCAUCGAUUUCCAUCUUCGUCAAGAAACUGGGUAGGGGCAACGUCGAAAAUUCAAGAGAACUGAUUCAGAUUGAUGCAGAAACGGUUGUGGAGUCUGUCGGGGACCCAGCAUCGAGGCAGAUGGAUACAGACGGCUCGGCCAAAGACGAUUACGGAUUCGUGACAUAUCCGACACGAACAAGAAAUGUGUCACGCGAACAAUCGCCAACCUAUUCCGGCUUUGAACGGUCGCCCCCCGAUCAACGAAGAUUCGCUAUUGCCCUUUCAGAACUGCCAGCCCUUAAUUUCUAUAACCCUUUGUUGAACAACCCUUCGUCAUCUGAGUACAUUGCUAGCGUUCGAUCCAGUCUACGCUCCAUUGACGAAAUUGCUUCCGCCCAUUUGAACAUGCACCCACGGCUGGCGGCUGUUCGUGAUGGCUCGAUUGGCUCGACCAAUCUUACAUCUGCCGUGCCAUAUUGGAGUCAAAAUUCCGUGAAGAGCGUAGGGAGCAGCAAUACGAGUGAAACUGAUCACAAGUCCCCUGUCACCCUCUCCACUAGUUGCCCACAUGCUGCUAAAUCAAUUUUGGCGGUGUGCGUUUGCAUUUGGGCGAUCCUGUUUCUGGGGCUUGCCAUCACAACUGUCGUAUACUUUACAGGGAAAGGAAGUUCGCUCUUUCAUCCUCCUCAAGCUCCAGCAGCCAACGUUAUAUACGGAGAAUUCCAUAUAUAUAAUCAAACAAUGACAUCGGGACUAAGCGAAGAAAGUUCAGUCCCGACAAUCUUCGAUGAUCUUGCAAAAGAACUUCAGCAAAAAAUGGAUCGCGCUUUUCAAUCAUCUACGAUGCUCUCUUCGUUGUAUAAUCGAUCCGCAAUGUUCGGAAUAGUCCCCAACACAACAUCGCAGAAUCCAUCGAUUCGGAUACAAUUUCAAAUUCAUUUAAACCAUGCGGAUGUGAUGAUAGCUGAGAAAAUGGCUCAUGCCUUCACCACCAAUCUUCAUCGAAAAGGGGAACACGAUGGCAAAAAAUAUGAUAAUUGGUCUCUUAACUUGACUACCGUCAAGUUUGCAGAAUUCGUAGCUACAAGCGUAAAAAACUACGUACCACCACACGACGUUUUAGCGAGUUGGGGACCGUGGACGGAGUGGACACCUUCCUGUUCUCUAGGUUCAUUUUGCGAUCCAUCGCGGAAGCAAUCACGAAAUCGCCGAUGUUUGUUGCGUGAUAGACGACCGGAGGAGCCCGUUGAGUCGAACAACCAAUUGACGAAUAACGUCAUCGCACCGUGCACUGCUGGUUCAACAGUUUCGGCUGCAGACGUUGAGAUCAGGCCGUGCAAUUGUGCGACUCGGACGGCACGACCGCGGAUUCGUUUUAACGUCGUCCGUCCAACGAAAGUGACCCACUUCCGUUUCAGCAACACAUCUAUUGCCACGUUCGAUCAGUUUUGUGGUGAAUGCCGACAAGGAGAAGUGUGUGUCGCCCGGCUUGAAGAAGUCGUCCCUGUUUGCCGCUGGGCUCCCGAGCCGGAAGAUCCGACUGGAUGUGGUGGAUUUUGUCGCGCUCACACCGAGUCUUGCGUUCCUCUUGGAUCAAACUCUUUCAGAUGUGAAGGAGUGUCGGAAUGUUUGAGCGACAUCGAAUGGCGGUGCCACGAUGGAUUUUGCAUUCACAACUCGAAACGCUGCGAUCGGGAUUAUAACUGUUUCGACCACAGUGACGAACUGGGUUGCGAAACGACGAAUUAGUUGGAGAACUAUCGCAAUACAGCAUCGUGAUCGCUAUUCCCAAUUUUAUGUAUCGGAACCAAAAGCGGAGCAAAAGGAUGUUUUGCUAGCCUACAUAUUCUUGUUAUCCAUAUUUAUGUAAACUGUUAUGUGGCAGUGAAAGGUGUACGUAACGGAUUCAUGCAUGUAGUUGCCGCCUGUAGCUUACAACCUUAU